AUGAUGCAUUUUAGAAAAAAAUCCGGUAUUAGUAACACAAGUGAUCAUGAAGGAGGGAACCGUGCCUCAGAUGUCAAGAUUUCUGAAGAUGAUAAAGCAAGAUUAAAGAUGCGUACUGCUUCUGUUGCUGAUCCUAUUCUAGAUGCCGUGCAGGAAGCCCAGCCUUUUGAACAAGCUGCUGAUACUUUUCACGACAAUAUGAAUAGACAAUCUUAUUUUUCCAACGAAGAAGGUCAUGUUCUAUGUGAUGUUUUCGGUCAACCGAUCACACAGGCUGACAUAUCGAAUCCAACUAGGGCAAGAGAUGAAAGACCUUUGGACACCAUAAGAAGUUUCGAGUAUGCCGUUUCCGGAGACCCGGUCUGGGCCCAACAGUUGGAGACCCCAACUUAUGGGUUUCGCGUAAGACCUGAUUUUCCUAUGUUUGGUGCUGCUGUGACUUACGACGCCAACGGUAUGCCGCAACAAGUAGGAGGUGCUUCCAGUCAAAUGUAUGGUGAGCAGGCGGUGUAUCAACCACAACAACACGUACAGACUGAGGAAAAGCAAAAGAAGAAGAAGAAGGGAUUGUUUGGUAGAAUGAAGAAGAAAUAA